AUUUCCAUUCCCAGUUCUGUUGGAAGCUUCGAUUCUAUAACACCGCUCCCGCUUCCGCUCCGUACCAUUUCAAUGGUUCGUCUUACGUUCUGUCUGGCUCUCCUAUCGGUGCUGGUUUGGUCGGGCCACGCCUACGAGGUACCAGAUGCCAGCGUGCGGGUUUUCUACCCCAAGGGUUUCGAGGUCUCUAUACCAGAUGCAGAGGGCAUCUCUUUGUUCGCCUUCCAUGGCAAGGUGAACGAAGAGUUCGACGGUCUGGAGGCGGGACGGUGGGCCCGCGAUAUACCCAAAGCGAAGCGGGGACGUUGGACCUUUCGGGAUCGUGAGACGGUGCUCAAUCUGGGCGAUACCCUGUUCUUCUGGACGUAUGUGGUGUACAAUGGCCUGGGUUAUCGUCAGGACGAUGGGGCCUUUGUGGUUUCCGUAUAUGACAGUCAAAGGAAUUAGCAUUCGCAUAUGGUAAAUAAAUCUUGUUAUGCAGCCUGCCGUAAUGUAAUCAAGUCAAUGGAUAUUUAAAUCAAAGGAAGGAAAUUUCUUUAAUGUAAAAUCAUAUUUCAUUGAGUUGUGCCGCCCGUCCUCAUCUUGUGUCUGUGUCUGGAUGCCGGGACUGUUGCAGGCUCUCAUUAUGGGUGUGACGUAUUUAAUUAUUUUUGUCAAUAAAAAAUGCACUUUUCCACAGAAAA